GUGGGUACGAAAUGUAAUGAAAUGAAACUGGUGAAAUGUACCUAAUAUUUAACUAUACAAUACAAUUAUUAUUAUGUAACGAAUUUCACCCAGUCCUGAGUCCACAGUCGAUCCAAUUUAUAUCGUGAAUGCAACAGUGAAAUGCGUCGAAUGAAAGUAACACGUCAUCAGUAUUGGACGUACGCUAUAGGAUAGCUGCCAGUCUAAACAGAGGUAUCUUAAUUUAGUUUUAUCGUUAUUGCUAUACCAAUAUACGGUUGUUGAACGUCUUUAUAAUUUUUUUUGAUUUUACGUUAAUAUUAAACUUUACCGCGUCAACAUGGAUGAGUGGAUCGAGAAUGUUGUAGAAGUGGAAUCGAACAUCGGGUCGUAUCCAAAUCCAGGAACCAAAGUGUUUCAAUACGGCACAUCAGGCAUUCGUUAUAAUUCUGAACAUCUGGACCAUGUCCAACAUCGGAUGGGGAUGCUGGUUGCUCUGCGCUCAAUACAUUUGAAAUCGGCAGCAGUGGGGCUAAUGAUAACCGCCUCGCACAAUCCGCAAGAUGAUAAUGGAAUCAAACUCAUUGACCCUCAAGGAGAAAUGUUGGACAGCUCGUGGGAAGUCUAUGCCACCGAAUUGGCUAAUGCCCCUAACAACCAGGAUGUAUGUGCUAUGCUCAUAAAUAUUGCUUCAAAGUAUAAUAUUGACAAAUCAUAUAUACCUCGUGUGUACAUCGGUCGUGAUACUAGAAAUUCUGGUAAAAGAUUAUUGGAAGCUGUGCUUUAUGGUGUUAAAGCUUUUAAAAGUAAUAUUGAAGAUUUUGGCAUAAUAACAACACCAAUGUUACAUUUUUUUGUUAGAUGCUAUAACACCAAUUGCUUAUACGGUCAGCCAAAUGAACAUUCUUAUUAUACUAAAUUAACAAACAGUUUUAAAACUUUGCGUAAAAUGUGUUUAGAUUUGAAAAAUUAUAGCCCAAUAAUAGAAUUUGAUGGUGCUAAUGGGGUGGGUGCUUUAAAAAUGAAAGAUGCAAUCACAUAUUUAGAGGAAUCAUUGGUAAUUAAUAUGCAUAAUGAUGACAUAUUGAAUACAGAAAAACUAAAUUACAAAUGCGGUGCAGACUUUGUGAAAUCAAACCAAUGUCCUCCUACCGGAAUGACUAUUAAACCACACUCUAAAUAUGUAUCCGUGGAUGGAGAUGCGGAUAGAAUAGUUUAUUCUUUUAUUGAUGAAAGCAACACAUUUUAUUUAUUAGAUGGUGAUCGAAUUGCUACACUUGUGGCUGGUUAUAUAAAAGAUUUAUUCAUUGAUUCCGGUCUUGAUGUCAAUGUAGGGUUAGUGCAAACCGCUUAUUCAAAUGGAAAUUCUACAAAAUAUGUAACUGAUAAGUUGAAAGUUCCUGUUGCAUGUGUUCCGACUGGUGUGAAAUAUCUUCAUCAUAAAGCCAACGACUAUGAUGUUGGCAUUUAUUUUGAAGCUAAUGGUCAUGGUACUAUAUUAUUCAAGGAUGCUAUACGUGAACUUAUUCGAAAUCAAUCUGUUAUUGAAAAAGAUGAGGCAAUGUCAUUGGCACUGAAGAAAUUGAUUUGCAUUAUGGAUAUGACUAAUGAAACCGUUGGCGAUGCUUAUUCGGAUAUGCUGAUUGUUGAGUCUGUACUUUGUGAACGAGGAUGGAGCAUUAGUGAUUGGUAUAAAACAUACUCUGAUUUACCAAAUCGUUUGACAAAAGUUACUGUCAAGGACAGAAAUACAUUUGAGACUGGUGACGCUGAGAGAAUUUGUAUCAAACCACAUGGCCUUCAAGGAAUAAUAGAUUCUAUUGUGUCAAAGUAUUCUAUGGGCAGAUCUUUUGUCAGACCUUCUGGUACAGAAGAUUUGGUGAGAAUUUAUGCUGAAGCAGACACUCAAUUUAACGCUGAUAAACUUGCUGUUGAAGUGGCUACCGCUGUUUACGAUAUAGCUGAUGGUGUUGGAAAAAAACCAGAAUAAACUAAACUAUAUAAAGUGCAAUUUGAUGUGUUCAAAUACAGUAAUAUUAUCCAGGGUUAAUAAAGCAUACGUGAUUUAAGUGAUUUUGUACUAAUAUGCUGGUACACUUUCAUAAAAUAUAUAAUUUUUCUAAGAUACCUAUGUUCAGAUUUUAUUAAUAUUUUUGUGAAACUAGCUAAUUUUAGAAGAAAAACAUUGUUUAAUUUUGAUUAUAUUUAAAUAAAUAUUAUAUUAUAGUAUAUACAUUUUGUA